AUGGCUCCUUAUGAGGCCUUUUAUAGGAGGAAGUGUCAUUCUCCCAUUGGUUGGUUUGACCCUGGGGAGGCUAGUUUGUUGGGAACUGAUUUGGUCUGUGAUGCCUUGGAGAAGGUAAAGUUGAUACAGGAGCGGCUUCAUUCAGUGCAGUCCAGGCAAAAGAGUUAUGCUGACUGGAAGGGUCGUGAUAUUGCAUUUAUGGUAGGCGAGAAGGUUCUACUCAGAGUUUUUCCCAUGAAGGGUGUGAUUAGGUUGAGGAUGAAGGGCAAGUUGAGGCCUCUGUAUAUUGGGCCUUUUGAUGUGCUUGAGAGAGUUGUAGAGGUGGGCUACAGACUUGCCUUGCCAUCUAGUCUAUCGAGAGUUCACCUAUUGCUUCAUGUUUCCAUGCUCUGGAAGUAUAAUGGGGAUCCAUCAUAUGUAUUAGACUUCAGUACGGUGCAGUUGGAUGAGGAAUUGACUUAUGAUGUGGAGCCGGUGGACAUUUCGGCCCGGCAGGUUCGAAAGUUGAGGUCAAAAAAUAUAGGAUCGGUGAAGUUUCAUUGGAGAGGUCAGCCGGUCGAGGAGGCUACUUGGGAGACCGAAUAG